AUGAAGCUGCUGUAUGACACCAAGCAAGUGAAUAUAGACAGCAAGGAUUUCUGCUCUCUGACACCAUUGUCUCAUGCGGCAGUCAGUGGGCAAGAGAGGGCUGUGAAAUUCCUCCUUGACACCAAGAAGGUGGAUAUAGAUGUCACCGAUUUGAAUAAUGAAGCACCAUUAUCAUUGGUGGAAGAGAAUGGGCAUGAACUAGUUCAAACCAUCUGCGGGAUACAACCUCAAUGGGCCCUUCACUGGUUCAGAGGGACCUUAGGCUUUGUCAUAGAGGCAACCCUUAAACUGGCGCAUAUCACGGAAGAAACUGGCGUGGCAGUGGCGACAUUCCCAACCAUGAGAGAAGCUGCAAAGGCCGCCAUUCAGGUGAUUCACCAAGGAAUCGCCAUCGGAGCCAUUGAGCUCCUGGAUGACGUUCAAAUGGACGUGACCAACAAAAUUGGUGGAACGGGUCGUGAAUGGAAUGUCCUCCCAUGCUGUUCUUCAAAUUCAGUGGGUCCAAGCUAG